AUGGACGGCAGUUACAACAAUUAUAGCUCCUCAUUCGGCGGGGGUGGAGGAUUCAUGCCGGGCGAGGCGAACAGUCCCGCGGGAGGCAAGACCGGUGACCGAGACAACAAAACCCUUCGACCCGUGACAGCGAAACAAGUCCUCGAUGCCUCGCAGCCCUUCCCCGAAGCCCCAUUUCAAAUCGACGGCGCCGACGUCGCCAAUGUCCUCCUCAUGGGCCAAAUACGCAACAUCAGCUCGCAGAGCACAAACGUCACGUACAAGAUUGACGACGGCACGGGCGAGGUCGAGGUCAAGAAAUGGGUCGACUCAGCCACCGCAGACUCCAUGGACACCGACGAUGGCAAGGCGCCCGCCGAUGGGAAGACCGAGGUCGAGCUCAACGGUCACGCACGGGUCUUUGGUUCCAUCAAGUCCUUUGGUAACAAGCGGUACAUUGGUGCUCAUUCUGUUCGGCCUUUGACGGAUAUCAAUGAGCUGCAUACCCAUCUGCUCGAGGCCACGGCUGUGCAUUUGUUCUUCACUCGCGGCCCGCCUGGUGGUGGUGGUGGUGCUGCUGCUGGCAAUGCUGGCGGUGUUGAUGCUGUUAUGGGUGGUGCGGAUGAUUACGGUGCUGGGCAGAAUAAGGCUCUUGCUUCGAUGUCGCUUGUUGCGAAGAAGAUUUAUAACCUGCUCAAGACGGAGCCUCAGGAUGAUACGGGCCUACAUAUGCAGGUCAUUGCUUCUAAAUUGAACAUGCCUGCGUCUGAAGUGGGUAGGGCUGGCGAGGAGUUGCUUGGGGCUGGUGUGAUCUUUUCUACUAUGGACGAGCAGACGUGGGCUAUUCUGGAAUACUAG